AUGGACAAAUUAUUUUUUCAAGUAUUUAGAAAUUUAUACAUCAGAAAACUAAUUUUUUCAAAUAUUCACAAUGAUGGAAAAUAUUGUUAUAGUGGGACUUCAGUAUUACGUGUAUUUAUUAAGCACAAAAAGUUUAAAAUUUUAUUAGAUAAAUUAAGGGCUAAUCAAUUUAUUUUUGUCGAAAGUAAAGGUUUAUUCCAACUAUUUGAAAAAUAUACAGUGAACCCAUAUUUUGAUGAAAUUUUUGAUUUAUUAUGGAAGAGUUAUAAUGAAAGAAUUAGAGCACUAGAUCCAUUAUUAUCCAUGGGUAAUUUAAAACUUUUAAAAUUUAUUUAUAGUAAAUAUUAUUCAAAUAAUAGCAUCUCAACUCCAACAACUAAAAUAGAUCAAAUUUAUAGAAUUUAUGGUUUAUUACAAGUCUCAUUAGAUAAUUCAGAAAAUCUCGAUAAUUCAGAAAAUCCCGUUAAAUUAAUCGAAUUUAUUAAUCAAAAUAUUAAUAAUAAUAGUAAUAAUAGUAAUAGCAAUAAUAUUUAUGAAGAUAAAAUAGUUCACCAAAGAAAAAAGCAUAAACCUGAAAUAAAUCAACAAUCCUCUUCUCUAAACCAACAAAAACAACUUGAUAGAAAAAAAGAAUUAAUAGAAUCAAUUUAUUUAAACAAAAAGAUACCAAUUUUUUUAAAUAAAGGGAAACCAACUAUUUUAAAUACUUAUUUUCUUAGAAACGCAUUUAAAAAUAUACAAUUUUCUAAAGAAGAUUUCCAAUUAGAUAUCAAGUCUUUAGUUAUUAAAUAUAGAAAUGAAUUAUUAUUGGGUCCAUCAAAAACUAUUGAUCGUUUUUCAAACUAUUCAAAAGAAUCUUUAGAAAUCUUUUUAUUAUUUGUGCUUUUUUCAGAUUAUCAGGUAACAAUAGAUAACAAUUUUUAUAUCAACAAUCUCAUCUUUUUAAAGUUUCAACUCUUAGGAAAAGUAAAAGUACCAGGAUUUUAUGAAAAGUUCGAACAAUACAAGUUUCUUUUAGCUGAAGAAUCAAGUAUAAACUCAACUCAAGAUUUAAUUGCUAUGGUCGAAAAUAUUGAGGAUAAUGAUCAAGAAACUCUUUUUUAUUAUUUCGAUGGCUAUUAUAUUUAUCAUUUACUCGAAAAGAAUGAGUUUGAAAAAGUAGAUUCCUUUAUGAACACCAGUUUUGAAUUCGAAAAGUACAAAUCACAAUAUAUUGGUAUCGAUUAUCAAAUAAAACAAAAUGCUGUAGUCAUUUUAUUUUAUUAUUCAUUUUUUAAAUGUUCAGUCGAAGCAUUCAAUUUAUUUGCCAAAUAUAAACAAUCUCAUAAUUUCGAUAAGAGUUUAAGCCAUAGAUCUGUUACCAUCAAAAAUUUAAAUAUAGAAAAAAUCAGUGCAUCAAAGGUAGCAUCAUUCUUCGAACAUUUACUAUCAGGUGCCACUUAUUUAAAACCAGAACAAUAUGAAAUUAUAUAUAGUCAUGCAAUUUUCAAUUACCCUGGUGAGGUUUUAAAGAUUGCUUUAUCAUUUCAAGUAUUCAGACUUAAAUAUAUAGAGUGUUUCAAAAUUUCAUUUUUUGAAAUGAUAAGAAGUUACUUUAUUUCAAUUGUCAAAGUUGAUCCUUUAAAAAUCGAACUAUUUCUCCAAUUCUUUGAUGAAUCUAAAGAUUCAGUUAAGUAUGUAUCAGAUCUUUUUAAUAGAACAAAACCAAAACAUGUAGCUCAAAUAUUAUCACUCUUUUUACAAUUUAAUAAGUGUAAAAAUAACAAAUUUAUUCAUAGAUCAAUAAAAAUUCUUCAAAGAAAAGCACAGAAUUUAGACAUCAACGAAUCAAUUAUAGUUUUUAAAGAAAUUGAUCAAAGUAAAAUUCAAGACUAUUAUUCCAAAUAUUAUGAAAAAAAUAAAAAGGGUGCAAUCAAAAGUUAUUUCUUAAAAAAAUCAAAUAUUUUAUUAUCCCACUUUUUCAUAUCAAUUAUCAAUUUAGAUGAUUCUUUUUUAAAGAUCGUCUCGGUAUUGAACAAUGAUACAGUUAUAACAAUAAGUGAUGAAAUUAAACAGAUUAUUUGUAGUAAUGGUACUUUUUCAAUUAGAUCAAACGAAAACAAUAAUAAAAGUUUAAAGAUUAUAAAAUAUUUAGUUUCAAAUAACCUUUUAAAAGAAUUUGGUUCACAAGAAUUCUAUAGUUGUUUAACAUCAUUGUUUUAUCCAUCCAGAGAAUACCUUUCAGAACUAGCCUCAUACAAUCAAGAGUUCCUAGAUACAAAUAAUGAAAUUAUUUUAAAACAGGUUUUUAUUACCAAGGAUGAUUAUAUCUAUAACGAGGAAAUAGGUUUGGAGUUAGCAUCAGGAAAUUAUGAAUCAAUUAUUAGGUAUUUAGAAAACAAUAGUAUUAAUACAAAACAAAAACUUUAUAAAAUAACUCACAGAAUUUCAAAUUCCUAUUAUUUUAAAAAGCUUUUCGAACCAUUAAUUAAAAAUAAUUGGUACAGGGGCUCAGCAAUGAGAUUUUUAAGUAAAAAUUUCAAUAAUGAAAUAUUCGAAUAUCUUUGGGAAAACUUUUAUAGCACAGACGACUUAAAGAAAUCAUUUUUAUAUGAUAUAUUCAAAAUGAUUCAUAAAAAUGACGAAGGGGUUCGAGAUUUUUCUCCAUCCAUCGGAUAUAUACUAAGAGAAAAGAAGGAUUUCAUUUCAAACAUUGAUUUCGAUAACAACGAAUUCAUAGAUAUAGUUUUAGAAAACUCAUUAUUAUAUUGCGAUAUUUCAAUUUUCAAGGCUAUCAAAUCAAUUUUCAAGUCUGCUAAUUUCACAGCCACUCAAUCUUUCUUGCUAAGAUUAUUCGAAUCGGACAAAAUUUACCUGUCACCUCAAGUAUAUUGUUGCGAUGUAUUAGAGUUUUUAUAUUACAAUAACUACAUACCAAAUUUAAAAGAACUAUUGGGCAAAGAAAUACUAGAUAAAAUUUAUAUUGAUCAUGGUAGCGAGAUUAAAAUAUCUAAAUCAACAUUUAUACUUUUACAUCAAAUAAUUAAAUUACAACAAAUAAAUAAAAACUUAGAAUAA